AUGUCUCUGGCUCUCAAGUUCACGUCGCUCGCCAUAAGGACUCUAUCGAAGCCCAUAGCUAAUUACAUUAAGCGACAAGCUCGCGAACAUGAGCGCUUUCGCAAUACCUGCAUUGGCUUUGCCCAGAAACUGCAUAGAGUAGACAUGAGAUGGCGACUAGGACUAUUACAGGACGCAGCAGCGAUCGAAAAGCAGGCCCAACGAGAUUCCGCACGAGAGCUCGCCAAGCGACACAAGCACGAAGCACCCACCGUCAAGACUGAAGCACAGACCAAAGCUGACGAUGCAGCCGCCGCAAAGGCCGCAAAAGAGCCUGCAGAGACACCGAAACCAAAAGAGCCGAGGAUCAGGCCUCUAUCAGAAGCGAAAGCCAUUGAAUCCGGCGCCAAUUUCAUAUCAGAGACAUUUCUGUUUGGCGUGGCAGCAUCGUUGAUCUUGUUCGAAUCAUGGCGGUCUCGGAGAAAAGAUUCUGCACGAAGAGAUGUUGUACAGGAUCGUCUGAACGAUUUAGAAGAGUCGGAAGCCGCAGCAAGAAAAGCACUAGUGGAACUGGAACGAGAAGUGCUGCAUUUGAGGGCGAAGCACAAUAUCCCCAACACUGAGCGAAUAUUGCCCAAGGAGGUUUACGAGCCAAAGGAGGAAGACGAAGAGAUAUCCAAGGGCUGGCUAUCUCGAAUUGCGUCCUUCAUCAAUCGUGACACACCCACGGCAAAUGACGAAAAGGACGCUAAGGACAGGUUGGCCAACAACGCACCAGGUCCAGCAGAAUCCAUCCUGGUACAAGCGGACAAGGCAAUGGAGACGAAACGAAAGCAACGGGAUGCUGAGCAGGCGGAACAGUCAGUGGGCCUGUUAGCGGGAAGCAAAUCAUGA